AUGGUACCAAGCUCAGAUUACAGACAAUUCAGCAAAGUCCUUUCAAAGGCCAAACAUAUCAUCGUCGUAGCAGGCGCAGGCCUCUCUGCUGCUUCAGGAAUUCCAACUUUUCGUGGCGCCGGCGGACUCUGGCGAAAAUACAAUGCAAUGACUCUUGCCACGCCCCAGGCUUUCAAGCGCGACCCUUCACUUGUCUGGCAGUUCUAUCAUUAUCGGAGGGAGACGGCCCUCAAGGUCAAACCGAAUGCUGCCCAUCGUGCUCUUGCCGAAUUUUCUCUGUCGUCCAUACGCUCACUCCAUGCACCCAACUCGACAUUUACUCUCAUCACUCAGAAUGUCGAUGGCCUCAGCAUCAUUGCUCUCGAUGAUGUCCUUUCCUCAAAUCCUCCGGAGCCAGAAGAGCAGCCUCGCAUACUCGAGAUGCACGGGCGCCUCUUCGACGUUAAAUGUUCUUCAAAGACAUGUGGUUAUGUUCAAUUUGACCGAUCCUCUCCCAUCUGUGAGGGACUCAGAGGCGUGGAAGAGCUUGUAGAUAAAAACGCGAUGGAUCCCGAUAUCGCAAAAACAGAGCUUCCGAGAUGUUCAAAAUGCAAUGCAUUGGCGAGACCUGGCGUAGUCUGGUUCGAGGAAAUGCCGCUCUACCUGAAUGUCAUUGACAAGUUGGUUGACAAGGCAGAUUUAUGUUUAGUGGUUGGGACGUCCUCAACGGUGUAUCCUGCUGCUGGAUACGCUGAAACUGUGUCCCAGAAUGGUGGUCAGGUUGCGGUCUUCAAUCUGGAUCGCAGUGAUGGGGACGAGGAUGCUGACUUCUUGUUCCUUGGCCCGGGCGAAGAAACGGUACCAAAAGCUCUCAGGUUGAAAACCGACUAG